CCCCCACCCCCUAUUCAAAUGCCACAGAGACUAGAAAUACUUCAAGGUGAUCCUCACUUCUGAACUGUUGCUCUGAGGAAGCCUCACUGGAAUGCAAGAGUACCUAAAAAGCAGUCAAGAUGACUUGGAACUUCUUCAAAAAACAUCCCAAACCUGAACCCAUAAUAGCUGUUACUACAGGUGGUACAGUAUCUCCCACCACUACGGUGGCACCGGCAGUCUCCCUGGAAAAUGCAACGCAGAUCUUAGGCCCAGUGGAGAGUACAGAGGAUACGUUUGCAAAAUUAAGAGAAAAGUUCAUGAAUGAAAUAAGUAGUAUACCCUUGCCGCCAUGGGCCCUGAUUGCCAUUGCUGUCGUUGCUGGACUGUUGCUGUUGACCUGCUGCUUUUGCAUCUGCAAGAAAUGCUGUUGCAAGAAGAAGAAGAACAAGAAAGACAAAAAGGGGAUGAAAAAUGCUAUGAACAUGAAAGAUAUGAAAGGCCAGAACAAACAGGAUGAUGAUGAUGAUGGAGAUGGUGAUGAGGAGGGAGGAGAAGAGGAAGAGGAAAAGGAACCAGAGAAUCUGGGCAAGCUGCAGUUCUCCCUAGAUUAUGACUUCCAGGCUAACCAGCUCACAGUAGGAAUCCUCCAAGCAGCUGAACUCCCAGCAUUGGACAUGGGGGGUACAUCUGACCCUUAUGUCAAAGUCUUCCUACUUCCGGACAAGAAAAAGAAGUUUGAGACCAAAGUGCAAAAGAAGACCCUCAAUCCAACCUACAAUGAGACCUUUGUCUUUAAGAUUCCAUACCAGGAGCUUGGUGGGAAGACCUUGGUGAUGGCCAUCUAUGACUUUGACCGAUUUUCUAAGCAUGACAUCAUUGGGGAAGUCAAGGUACCCAUGAAUACCGUGGACUUAGGACAGCCCAUUGAAGAAUGGAGGGACCUAGAGAGUGCAGAAAAAGAGGAGCCAGAGAAACUGGGAGACAUCUGUAUCUCAUUACGAUAUGUACCCACUGCUGGGAAACUGACUGUCUGCAUCCUGGAGGCCAAGAAUUUGAAAAAGAUGGAUGUUGGAGGACUUUCUGAUCCUUAUGUGAAAAUUCACCUGCUACAGAAUGGCAAAAGGCUCAAGAAGAAGAAGACUACAGUCAAGAAGAAGACCCUGAACCCUUAUUUCAAUGAAUCUUUCAGCUUUGAGAUCCCCUUUGAGCAGAUACAGAAAGUGCAAGUUGUAAUAACUGUCCUGGAUUAUGACAAGCUGGGAAAGAACGAAGCUAUUGGAAAAGUCUUUGUUGGCAACAAUGCCACAGGCACAGAGCUCAGGCACUGGUCUGACAUGCUGGCCAACCCUCGCCGCCCCAUUGCCCAGUGGCACUCCCUGAAGCCUGAAGAAGAGGUGGAUGCAGCUCUCGGGAAAAACAAAUAGGCAGCUCCAUCUUCCAACAUCACCUAAUGGACAUUCAAAGUGAUCCAGAGCUAUCAAUACCUCAGUUAGGCAACAUUUGGUUUUUGUUCUCUUUUCUAAGCUGCAAUACUCUUUCUUUGAUGGCUGCAGAGGGAAUCCGGAUGAACUCAAGAGCAUCCAGGAGGAAGUGGUUUAAAAGCAUGGUGGUUCCUUCCUUUCACAUUCUUCCAAGUAGUUGGUUUACUGCAUGUUCCACCAUCUCUCUGUGUUGUUCUCUUCAAGUGUAGAGCAAGCUUUUUACUUGGGUCUUCCUGACACCACCAUGAAUAAUACCACAAAACAGCUUUGCUUUUGCUUGAUUUGGGAGUUUCCUCCUUAAACGAGACCUUUUAUUAUUGUGCUACAGGAUGAUACCAGAGCCUGACAAUGUGAGAUGACCAGAUACACUGUGCUUGCUUUGGAAAAAAGCAAGGUGCAUGAAAAGGAGCUCCUACAAAACUGUAUUCAGUGAGGUUUGGCCAUUAGCCAUCUAGCAGGAAAAUUGAAAAGCAAUACUGGCAUUAGAACAUCUCUGAAGAUGUGGAUAGCUGGUGGAUUAAUUCUCUGUAAUGAGAGGACUAUGGUUUGGGGCAUACAAGUUGCCAAAUGAUAAUUGCCCUGUAACAGCUAUGUAAUGCAGUGGGUCUUCUGUUAACCUUGGAAUUUUCUGUCCUUAAUCAGAACAAUGGAAUGGUAGAAGAUAAUUGGAGUAUGAAAUCUAGAAAUGUAUGCUUCUGUGAAAGGCAGAGUGCAAGAAUGGACUCUGAGUGGAAAAAAAAAUCAUGGGAUAUUUAUACAAGAGGUAGCAGGCUUCGCAAGCUGUCAAUUUAUGUGAAAAUUUCGCCCUUUCAAAGGUUACCCUAACCUUACUGGUAGCAGUGCCAAGCUUAGAUGCAUCAGAAAAAUCUAUGUCGAGAGCCUCAGGCAGCUUUGCAAGUCUGAAAAAAAUGAUAGGCCUGGGUUGAUUUGCAAACAUUUGCUAUCAUGCCUUGUACCGCCAUUCUUCUUUUAAAAACACAAUAGACUAAAUCUGUUGAGAGUGAGAGAUUUCUUGUUGGAAUGUUUUUUUCAAUGAAUUUGGAACUGAAAGGGUGUGAAGAAAGAGAUUGAGGAUUGAGUGUUUUUCUAAUGCUGAAGAGCAGGAUCUUUUAGAUGGGUGACGGGAUAGAAACAGCUGGAAGGUCCAUCUAGUGGCCAGCACAGUGCAAUAAGGAAACUGAAGAAUUCAGAAAGAAUUAGAACCAUCAGUUGGGGGCUUUCCUCCCCUUCCCAUGUCAUAUUUAAUUAAGGGAGCAAAGGGCGAGAAAUUAGUGGGAAAGUGAAUCCAUUCCAACCAAAGGACCAAAGAUACAUCAAAAGCAGCAGGGCCUUCUCCUCUUGUCUGGCUGCCAAAGCAUUCAUGAUUUCUUUGCUAAUCCCAGAGGGAUAGCCCAUAUUAUCUUUGUUACCUGUGCUUGCACUGAUCUCCCCGUUUCUUAUGUAGUGCCAGAUACAGAUAUCUUGAACACCUUAGCUUCCUUUUCAGACUGAUGGCAAUAGCAGCAGAUUAAGUGAGGGCUAGGAAGAAAGAUUUUGAAAUAAAGGCUUCUAUUCAGAGUUUAAUACUGAAUUAGUUAGGAGUUAAUGAAAAGGGGGCAAGACUUCAAAACAGGAGUAUGGGAAGUUUGAGAGAGUAGUUUUAUGAUCAGUGGCCAUUUUCUUCUAUUGCUUUUGUCUGGAAUGUCACUGGGGAAUAUUGGAUAGUUCUCAGCCAUGUGGGUCAGGGUUGACAGAAGGAAUAGAAUGGACUCUAGUCAUGAGGCUGAGUGAGCAGUGCUCAGACUUACUCAGUUGUACCUGAUUAGGGGAGGUUAUACUUACCCUGCCAGUAUUUGUGCAUAUGUGGGUGUAAUCAUCGGUAGGAUAGACACAGAUUUUUAAAUGAGACAGGUUUUAAGAGGAGAGGGAAAGAACAAAUCUAAGGUUCCAGUGUGUUCAGCAGUUUUCUGGCUGUAACUAUUCCUCUUGUGUCUGGUCCCAAAUGCUAAUUUCAACCAUCUGCCAGCAUUGGCUUCAAGGAUAUUAGUUGUUCAGUCUUUAUGCUAGAUGUGUUCCCUAUAAGGGGAACAAAAAGCAGGUUUGCUAAUACACAAAGCAUUCCUCACUGAGUAGCGUUAUAUAUUCAAAGAACUGUUGGUUUCUCACCUAGCUUAAGUUAAAAUAGGAAAAUUUACCAAUUAACACUGAUGUAAUCUCUAUCAUUGUUGCACCAUUUAGACUGCCAAUAAGGACCAAAGUAAUCAAAUGCCUGCUUUGUACUGCUUGUACCUAAAAAGUAAACAAAUCAAAGUAAGAUCCUAUGUCUGAAGGUGAAGCCAGAAGGAUUUCUGAGUUUCCUUUGUGAGAUCUCUGAAAUUGCCCAAUUUGAGUUAAGACAGUUGAUCCUAGUUCUUGAAGUGUUUCAUGUCAAUAUGUUGCAGGCACUCCUUCACUCUUUUCUACCCAUUUCCACUUGAUUAAAUCACUGUAGAACUAGUGAGGGGGGAGAAAUAUUGCCACCUACUUAAAUGCUUUUCAAAUAAACUGACUUGGUAUAUCUAAGCAAAGAGAGAAGACUUGAAGGCUUUUAAUAUGCUCUCCCAAAGUUCCCUUCCUUGUUUAAAUAAAUCUAAAUAGCUCUAAUUUUACUUUGAUUCACUGUAUGCACAGGUGAGAUAUCACACUUGGGAUUUUGGUCCUAGCCACACAAAGGGAGUAUUGAAAUUGUUCAUCACUGGAUCUGCUGGAUCAUAUGUAAUUGUUUCUAUGCUUAAUCAGAAAAGUUAAAUUUAAUGCAACUUUUCUGUGCAAAUAAGUUUGAUGCAAGCUUGUUGUACAAAGAAAAGGGGUAGGUGAAAUGUGUCCCCAAUUCCUUUAUUGUGCCUCUUAGCUUUUAAUACUGCCAGCUGGCAAGGAUAUGAGAUUUCAAGCAUCAUUACAAAAAAGGCAUCCUGGUGGAGUUGUGAAAUCAAACUUGAAUUUUGUUUUUUAAAGUUAGCCCUGCAUCUUCACUAAUCUUAUGCCAUGAGAGCAGAACCACACUAGGUGAGACUGUUUUAAUGAGAAAAGGAAGAAUCUCUCUUUCCACUAAAAGCAAGAGUUUGACCAGCAAAUAUGGUGCUUUUCCUGGUGGAAUCACAAGUCAUUAAGGAGAUUGUCAAAACGUGAUAUCCAGGGUUAGCUGGAAGUCGGAAGGAAAGGAUGGGCACAAUUUUGCUGAUUAUGCUCUUGGUGUGUUUUCUGCUUUUCAAGGCAAGCGGAAUUGAAGUUAGCCAUGGUCUAUUUCAAACUACUGGGUGAGAGACUGGGGGAUGGAAACAGUGCUGCUGUGGAAGUGCCCUUUAGAGGCUGCCUGUAGUUUGGACAAAGUCGAACAGACAAAUUCCUAUUUUUGCUGUGAUGAAUUAGAGCAGUGAUUCUCAAACUUGGCAACUUGAAGAUGUGUGGCCAACCCUUGCUGGCUGGAGAAUUCUGGGAG